CGUGGCAGGGGGGCAGUUUAGAGCACAACACCUGUAUCCGACAUUGAUAUAAAAAAAAACAAAAAAAACAAUAUUUUGUAAUGUAGUUACAUUGACACAGUGUCUAUGUUAAAUCCAGUCCUCCAUCGCUUGGGGCGCUAAAGAAAACGACGGACCAUCGGCUGACAGCUUUUCUGGCCGCCUGUGUGGCUGGGCGUGGUGGGCUUUCUGUUUGUAACGGGGUGUAGGAUUGCUGUGUUUGUACUGUAUAUGCAUUUUCAUUUUCCUGCUGUGUCGAGCAUCUCUGUUUUCUUAUAUAUUAUUUUAGACAGCUUUUUUUGCGCCGAUGCGUUUACUUACUCCAGUAGUUGCCAGGUAGUUAGCCCUGGUUGAGCGCGCGCUGGGGAUUACGAGGGGCGCUAUUCAGAGAAAUCCUUACCAAAUGGCGAUAUACUGACUAAAAAUUUGUCUGAUUUGCACUGGUGUCAUCUGAGAUCGCCGAAAUCAUGUCACUAUACGAUGACUUGGGCGUAGAAACCAGUGACACUAAGACUGAAGGCUGGUCCAAGAACUUCAAGCUGCUGCAGUCCCAGCUGCAGGUGAAGAAGGCCGCCCUCACGCAAGCUAAGGUACGGUGUCGGAGUCAGCGUACAAAGCAGAGCACUGUUCUUGCCCCGGUGAUUGAUUUAAAGAGAGUCAGCUCCAGUGAUGAUAGGCAGAUUUCAGAUCUCCCACUCCACCUGGCCUCCGUGCUAAAGGAGCCUGUGCCAGGAAGUUUUCCCAUGGGCGAUGUGCUGAUGCCUCUGGCUGAUGAGUAUGACCCAAUGCUCCCUAAUGAGUAUGAGAAGGUGCUGAAGAGGCAUCGGGAAGAGAGGCAGCGCCAGCGAGAGCAGGAGAGGCAGAAGGAGAUUGAGGAGAGGGAGAAGCAUGGGAAACGUAAGGACUGGCCUGAGAGUGGAGCUCCCACUGGAUUCUCCCGGUUUCCAGCUGAGGGAGACUCGGAUGAAGAGGACGAGUAUGAGAAGGAAAAGAGGAAAAGGAGUAUGGGGGGAGCAGCAAUUGCCCCGCCAACAUCCCUGGUGGAGAAGGACCGGGAAUUGCCAGCCACUGCAUACCCCUACGAUGAUGAUGCUCGUCAGCGUGGCCUCUCGUCGAAGGCAGCGAUCCCUCCACCCAUUUAUGAAGACUUAGACCACCCCCGCUCUCCCCCUGGACCCAGCAGCUCCUUCCUGGCCAACAUGGGCGGGACUGUUGCGCAUAAGAUCAUGCAGAAAUAUGGCUUCCGUGAGGGUCAGGGCCUGGGCAAGCAUGAGCAGGGCCUCAGCACCGCCCUGUCUGUGGAGAAGACCAGCAAGAGAGGUGGCAAGAUCAUCAUUGGAGACCUGGUAGAGAAAGGUUCUACUCUACCUGGGGCUGAGACACCCGGCUGGACGGUGGCAACAUCAGUUGACUUGUCUAAAAAGCCAGAAACAAACCCACUGACGGAGAUUCUCAAAUGCCCAACCAAAGUGGUCCUACUGCGGAACAUGGUGGGAAGAGGAGAGGUGGAUGAAGACCUAGAGGCAGAGACGAAAGAGGAGUGUGAGAAAUAUGGCAAAGUAGUCAAGUGUGUCAUCUUUGAGAUCUCUGAUGUGUCUGACGAUGAGGCAGUCAGAAUAUUCCUGGAGUUUGAGCGGGUGGAGUCUGCCAUCAAAGCGCACCUCAUUGGACCAUUCAGUUGACCUGUACCAGCAACAUCAGGGGAGCUGAGCAGUAUGUUGAUCAGAGUCCCAACUUUGUUGGCACCCUUGGGGCUUCUUAUCAUUUCCUGUCAUCUCUCACAGGCUCUGUGGUCAGAGUGCAUGCAUCUGUGGAAUGUUUGCUACCUGCAACGUCCGUUUAAGCUCAUCUAACCCUCAGGCAUGGUCAUGUGGAUAUUCUGUAUUUUGUAUGGCAAAAAUGAGUGCCAUCUGGGUGAAUAAAUGCCUACAAAUUAUGAAACUGUUUUAGCGAUUAUUGAAAUGAUUCUUUGCUAGACAUAUAUGUUAACUCCUCCCUUACAAAUUUACAGCAAUUAAUAUGUGUCAUAUGUCUUCUGAAGCAUUCUGACAGGAAGCAGGCGGAGCAUGGAGAUUACUCUGAGAAUUAGCUAAAAAAACAGAAAUGCAGAAUGGUCUUUUCAGAGGAGAUGCUGCAAGGAGAUCAGACUCACUUUGCAUAAUUGCAUCCUCUCAGUUAGUCCCUUAGAGGCGUCCCAUACAUUUGCAGAAAUUAAAAAAAAAUCUUAAUACAAGUGCAGCUAAUUUGCCUGUCAUAACAGCUCAUUGAAGCAUUAAUUAUUCCAUCCUGACCAUCCUUGCUGUAGCUCUCUUUUCUAAGAAGUAUUUCAACUGAUUGCCUUUGUGAAAUAACAGAGGAGUAGCAUGUCGAUAUACUCAAGCUAGGGCUGCAUAAUAUCACAUCAUGAUUAUAUGGCACAUGCACAAUAAUCACCAGGGCUUUAGAUAAUGGGUAAAAUAUUUGUCCGGACGCCAGAAUUUCAGUAUUACAUUUCAGUGUUUCACUUAUGCCCAUAAUUUGAUAAACAGGUUAGAAGUCCACCUACAAGAUUAAUGAGAGGCAUAUAAUGAUGCCCAAAAGUUAGUUAGGGGUAGCUUGUGGCUCAGUGGGCUAAGCCUGUGUGCCUGUAAUCAGAAAGUCACCAGUUCAAACCCAGCUUCAGCAAGUCGGCGGGUCCUUGAGCAAGGCCCUUAACCCCCAGCUACCUGGGCACCUCAACAGGUGGGUGCCCUUUGCAGACAAUUUACUCUACAAAGAGCAAGAUGAGGGAGGUGUAAAGACAAUUUUCCCACGGGGAUCAAUAAAGUAUCUAUUAUUAUUAUUAUUAUUAUUAUUAUUAAUCUGUAUAAAUUUGGCAUAUCUUUGUUUAAUAAACGUGUCUGACUUUAAAAAUUACUGCCACAACGACGUGUUUUUGCGUUGUUUAUCCACAGUGUCCCCUCUUUUAAAAGAUGUUGUGAAUGUUGAGUGGACCCAUUUUUUACCGCUGAUUCAGUGCUUAUCGCUACAUGAUUUACCGAAACGGUAUCGUAUAGUUCUCUGCUAACUGAAUUUAAUAAACAUAGAGGAUGAGGAUCUAAAUAAAGAGAGACACCCAGUAAUGCCAGGCUAGUCAUGAUGUGUGUCAUUUAGCCUCUUGCAGUAGCUUAGGCUGUCUUUCUCAUCACUUUUCUUAAAUCAUUUCUAUUAAAUUUCACUUUAACUUUCACUGACUGGGGCAUGAUCACACAUUUCAUUCAAUAUCAUAAACUUAAUUCAUGGCAAAUAAAUUAUUUCUUAUAUAUUUGUUUUGGCAU